UUCGCACGCCUCUCUCUCUCUCUUCCUCCUUUGCGUCCGUGACACGAAGGAGCCCAACGCCCGACGGAACAGAGAGGGCGAGAGGGGAAUCCUGAGACGCCUCAUCCGAGCUCCAACCUUAUCGGAGAUGAUGCUGCGCGCGGCGGGCAAGCGGCUCCUCGGCGCGGCGGCCGGCCGCCAGGCGUCGCCCGCGGGGGCGGCGAGGAGGGGGUACCACGAGCGGGUGGUGGACCACUACAACAACCCGCGCAACGUGGGGGCCUUCGACAAGGACGACCCGGAUGUGGGCACGGGGCUCGUCGGUGCGCCGGCGUGCGGGGACGUCAUGAAGCUGCAGAUCCGCGUCGACGAAGGGUCCGGGAGGAUCGUCGACGCACGCUUCAAGACCUUCGGCUGUGGCUCCGCCAUCGCGUCCUCCUCCGUCGCCACUGAAUGGGUGAAGGGGAAGCAAAUGGAGGAAGUAGUAGCAAUCAAGAACACUGAAAUUGCGAAGCACCUAUCUCUUCCACCAGUAAAGCUCCACUGCAGCAUGCUUGCCGAGGAUGCGAUCAAAGCUGCUGUUGAGGAUUAUGAAGCAAAGAAGGCGAAGCUGGAAAAGGCAGAUGAGGAUGGGACGCCCGCAGGGGCAAUUCGUACCACCUGAAGUUGGCAACGUGCAGCAUACUAGAUGGAGGACUCCUACAGUCAGACUCAGACCUAGUGUCUAGUGUUCUCCAGUUCUAGUAACACAUCAUGUACUAUAAAUAAGAUGAUGUCGUUUCAUCAAAUAACCACACGGGUAUAGUGUGCAACUGCUGUUGAUAGCAGCAGUGUGGUGCUAUGCGCUGCAUCUACUGAUGAGCUUCUUGUAUGUUGCAAUUAUUUUUCCAUGCUUCUUAA